AAGUUGGCAGGGUGUCAUCUGCUCCCCACUCAGAAGGGUGGCUGGGAAGAGAAAAAGGCACCCGAAACUCAGCAAGUGAAUAACGUCUCCCCACCCCGGAAACCUUAAACCAGGUCAAGUCCAAGAAACGCAGUCGUACCAUGCAGUUUCUGACUGCAGUAAGUCCACGGUCAUUCUAUACUCCAAGCUGGAAGAUUGAGGCCGAGUAUUCAACCAGAGUGCUCACUGGAAACUGGGUGGAAGAGAGGAGGACGUUCACCAAAGCCACUGAGAAAACACCGCAGAGCAUUUACAGGAAAGAGUACGUCCCCUUCCCCUGCCACAGACCGGACCAGAUCUCCAGGUGGUACACCAAGAGGAGAGUUGAGGGGCUCCCGUACAAACACCUGAUCACCCACAACCAGGAGCCCUCACACUGCCACCUGAUCAGCUCGUAUGACGACCAUUACAACCGGCACAAUUAUAACCCGGGCCUGCCCCCAUGCCGCGCCUGGAGUGGACACAAGUUGCUGUGGCUCCCAGAGAAAGCCGACUUCCCCCUUCUGGCUCCCCCUACAAACUAUGGGCUCUACGAGCAGCUGAAGCAGAGAUGGCUCGCACCGAAGGCUGGCCUGAGGGAGAGCAUUUACACAUCGUCCUACCCCAGGCCACCACUCUGUGCUCUGUCCCUGCGGGAGCAUGCCAUCCCGGUCCCGCCCCCUCGCCUGCACCCCGGCCCACGCUUCUGA